AUGACCUUAAGCAUGGAUAGGUUGAAAGAAGAUAGAGAAGAUAUUAAGCUUCUAACAUCUUGGUUUAGCCCCUAUGGCAUGAGAGCUAUGAUUGGGCUUGAAGAAAAAGGCAUCAAUUAUGAGUAUGUGGAGCAAAACCUGAGGAACAAGAGUCCCAUGUUGCUGCAAAUGAAUCCUUUACACAAGGAGGUACCUGUUGUUAUUUCAGAAUCUCUCAUCAUUCUCCAAUACAUAGACCACGCUUGGAAUUCUCCUCACACUGCUUUUCUUCCCUCUCAUCCAUAUGACCGAGCUAUUGCACUCUUCUGGACAGAUUUUGCAGACAAAAAGAGUCAAGGAUUGGAAGACAUUCAUUCUGCCAUAACAGUUUAA